CCACUGUAGCAUCACAACAUUGCCGGAGGUUAAAGCACACGAGUAGUUCAUGUAAUCAAAUGCCUAAACGAUUAAGAUAUCCAAACGGCCUGGCUUUGCUACUGGUCAAAAGAGACCACCACUAGAUAAAUGAUACGCUGAUCUUAAGAAAGCCUUCUGUGGUCGAGAAAAACAAAGGUGCAAGCGAAACGAAGCGAACCGUUUCGGUACACUGCUCACUGAGACUGGGCCUGGCAGGUCCAUCAAGGCAGCACGUGUUAUGUUGGGAAAAGCUAUAUACACAUGCAGGCGGUUCGGCCGCUUCAGUAGAACUGGGCUAAAGGGAAUAUGUGGCACGCAUUCAGCCCCCCUAUCAACUUACCAAGCACCACCUCCCAUCCCGGGUUCAAGCAUGACAGCGUUCCAAGCAAUGAACCUGUGGAGAAGGUGCUUUGAGGAGAGGGGUGUGGGGGAACCCGACCAGUCCAGCCAAUACAUAGUUGCACAUCUGCUGGGUGCUAAAACGAUAGAAAGCCUCGGCCAUGAAAAGUUGAACAAGCCUCUGAGUUGUGCAAAAAUGGAGCAGUUGUGGGAGCUUAGUGUCAAGCGGCUUUCCAGGAUGCCUGUGCAGUAUGUGAUUGAGGAGUGGGACUUUCGAGACUUGACCCUUAAGAUGAGACCACCUGUUUUCAUCCCAAGACCGGAAACAGAGGAGUUGGUUGAACUAGUGCUUGCAGACCUCCAGGGAAAAGAGGACACUGGAAUGCAUGUAGUACCUCAGCUGACAUGCUUAGAAGUGGGCUGUGGUUCUGGAGCCAUCACGCUCAGUCUGCUGAAAGACCUUCCUCGGCUUAGAGCCAUUGCCUUGGAUCAAAGCAGGCAUGCAGUGGAUCUGACAAGAGAGAACGCACUAAGAUUAGGCCUUGAAGAUAGACUGCUGAUUCAUCAAGUAGAUGUCCUGAAAGAACCUGAAGUCCUUUUGAGUCUGGGUGACUCCAUCUCAACUUUGGUCAGCAAUCCUCCGUACCUGUUCUCAGAAGAUAUGACGUUCCUGGAACCUGAACUCCUAAGGUUUGAAGACCACGCUGCCCUAGAUGGAGGUGAGGACGGCCUGGACGUGAUCAAGCAGAUCUUGACAGCGGCUCCCAAGAUGUUAUCCAUUCAUGGACAUGUUUAUCUGGAGGUGGACCCAAGACACCCCCCGUUAAUCCAACAGUGGGUGAAGGAUCAUGUCCCCGGGCUGAGUUACCUGGAAACACGGCACGACAUCACAAACAGGCCCCGCUUCUGCAUCCUUCGGAGGGAGCGGUAACACGAUGCAGGGCAGGACAGACCUCAUUCGGCGACCCAAAGUCUGGACCGUUUACCGUUAAAGACCCCACUUGAUGACUGCCUACCCACCCCCCCCCACACUAAAUUGGUGGACCCGUGUGUGCCGGCAGGUGACCUGUGGCAUGCCUACAUACCGGAGACUGGUCUGGAGACCAGGAUAUGAAGAUCCACUCAUAGCCCUGGGCGUUCUGAGUGUCCAGGCGAUACAGGAUGUAGCAGGGGUCCUGCUCAUCCAGCAGAGGCAGCAGGACACGGUCAUAGUCCUGGUCCCAGCUCUUCUCAACCUCCCUGUAUGCCCCCAGCACCAACUGCUCUGAAGAUCACAGCAAUAACACAUCACAACCCUCACCCUGCGCCUUCACACCUAUGAGGCCAGCUCAGGUCCACACACAGGCCCGCCGCUCCCUAUACGCAGAGUACGCAGUGCGUAGGGCACCAAGUACCUGAGGGGGCACCAAAAAUUAAGUACCUGAGGGGGCACCAAAAAAUAUGUUAAUUAGUUAUGAAGAGGCCCACCGUUGUUUGUUCUUAAUUGUAUAACCUAUCACUCAAUUUCGGCAAUGUAUAACAUAAUAUAUAAAAAGGGGCUCCCCCCCAGGGCACCCAGGGCACCGAAACGGCCAGCAGCGGCCCUGUCCACACAACCCUGGAUGUGGCAACUUGAGACGCAACGCACAAAAACAAAUACAACAUUUUGUGUGUGUGUAUGUGUGAUUGUGUGUGUCUGUUGACACAGUACCGUCAUUGAGGCCCCCAAACUGAGACUGGUACAAGUCUUUGUUCGUCCAGUGUCCUUUUCUCCCCUUCCAUGUCCCCAGUUGGCUAGUAAUGUCCCUAAACUUAGCGACCUCAGAGGCUCAGUUAAGAUUGGAUGAGGUCACCCUUUCUCCGUCAGCCAUGACGACAACCGGCAGCAACCGACGCCGGGUGAUGGGAUCAUCCAUCAGGGACGGACAACGCAUCACAACACAGCUGAUUACUGAGGGAGAGAGAGACCACAGCCCUGUUCCGAGGGUUGCAUGGGGGGUUUCCUGACUGUCUCGCGGCCGUUGCUAUUCUGAGCCCCAACACAUUCCAUUUCUUAGCACACAUGCAUACUUUCCGUCCGCCAUUCUCUCGCCUUCUUUUUACAGCCUUUUAAAGGCAGGAUAGUGUGAGGUACAAAAACCAUGAGCCCUCAUGUCUCCAUACUUCUGUUAACAAAUGAUGUCAUGAUCGAUUGCCGGUGAAUGAGGUCUUUGUGACUUUGUAGCGCGUGUCUGUCUCCAUUGCUAAGGGCUCAGGAGCUUCUUAGGGCCUAGAGAAAGAGGAUUUCAGGCUCACAAAUCAAGGGCGGUGUUGAAACAGACUGGUGCAAUCGUGUUCCUGUUUCAACAUUAACAUGAACAUGUGUGGCACCAGAUAUUGGUAAGCAACCAUCUCGUCACAUGCCGUUCCAAAUAGCGCACAUAACUCCGGAGCUCUUCAGUAUCCCACUCAAAACUGAAUGGUUACCCUGUGCCUGGCGCUACACAACCCAUGCCUGCUUUGUCGGCUGGCCCUGCAAUAACUUCUCCCUUAAGGAAACCAUGGAGACAGCUCUGAAAAUGAAGAAAAUCGAGGAGGAUGAGGAGCCUUAGAAGUUACUGAAGGUUAUCAUCUGUUGCGCCACGGUUGCCCAAGAACCCACCGAUUGCUUCAUUAACCCUUCUUGGCGGUGUACGCAAACACGUUUUCCAGUGUACGCAUAUCUGCGGCUGUUUCAUUCUCCGUCAUGGCUAUUAUUUAUCUAUGUCGUAACCAUAAUAAUAACAACCAUAACCACAUAUACUAAUUAUUACAUUAGGGUCCUGAUUGGAUCCACUGCAUAAGAAAAUAGUGUAAAUUAGGGUAACCUGAAAGGUAUAAUGAGGUAAAUUUUUAUAACUUAGGCUAAAGCUAUGCCAUUAGGAUCCAGGGACACUUCUUCCUGAUCACUGUAGACCGUGAUAAAUGUGUUGUAAAAAUAAUGUUGGCCAUCAUAUAUCACAACCUGAGUAAAGUUUUCCAACCAGCUAUGAAA